AUGGUUUUAACAAAACGUCAACUAGGAUCACUCCGACUCACAUCGGCAACCGGUGCAAGCUGCGAACACAAGACGAAUGUCUCUGCUUUGACCGGCCUCUCGCAUAAGUGGGCACAACUUGCCCUCUUGAAGUUGCAACUGCCACAACGGGAACGAAUUGUGCCAAACGUUGGCGCGAAGUAG